AUGACUCUGUUUUCGAGUUUUCCUGUUCGCCGGGUUUUGAACUCGAAAAGCCUUCGCUAUUGCCGCUCGAACAAACAACCACCAUCGUUCCGGGUCUCCUGGCGUGCCUUGACCCUGAAACAUCACGGUGACCCAACUCCAGUAGUUGGAACCACAACGCGAGCACGCAGCCAAAUCUUUCAAAGCACAAAGCGGAUCGCAUUGGUCUCGCUUCUUGGAGGCUUUUCAAUUGUGGUAUACAGUAUCUACCACUUCAACAAUCCCCCAGAACAACUCCAGCCAGAUCCCAGCAAGAAAACACUUGUAAUUCUGGGAACAGGAUGGGGAUCGAUAUCAUUGCUGAAAGAGAUUGGUUCUUCCAACUAUAAUGUCGUGGUGAUAUCAUCACGUAACUAUUUUCUCUUCACUCCCUUGCUGCCGUCUUGCGUGACCGGUUUACUAGACAGUCGGUCUCUGAUGGAACCCAUUCGGAAUGUCUUACGUCACAAAACGACAACGGUCAAAUUCUACGAUGCGGAAGCAACGAAUAUCGAUUAUGAAAAAAGGUUGGUGCGUUUUAAGAGUGACUCCAACGACCCGUCCGCUGGCGAAAUCCCGUUCGACUUGCUUGUUGUCGGGGUCGGUGCGGAGAAUGCUACCUUUGAAAUCGAGGGUGUGAAGGACCAUGCCUGCUUCCUUAGGGAGGCAGAAGAUGCGAAAACUAUUCGCAGGGAGGUGAUGAGCCGCGUCGAACAAGCUGCUCUCAAGGGCCAAGUGCAAGAGGAAAUCAACCGACUUUUACAUAUGGUUGUUGUGGGGGGGAAAUGGCUUCCAGAACUUUCGGAUAAGCUCACGGUCACCUUGAUUGAAGCCCUUCCAACUGUGCUUCCAAUGUUUCCCAAGAAAUUGAUCAAUUUCACCGAGUCGACUUUUCAGGAAGAAAGCAUUGCGAUCCGGAAAAGGACGAUGGUUAAAAAGGUUUCAGACACGGGAAUCGAAGUGGAGUCCAAAGAGCCUGAUGGGACCGUCAGAAGGGACGUGGUUCCUUACGGAGUUUUGAUCUGGGCGGGUGGCAAUGCAGUACGCCCGAUUGUAAAGGACUUCAUGGGCCAACUUCCAGCCCAAGCAACUUCUCGCCGAGGAAUCGUUGUGGAUGACUACCUUCGGGUCAAAGGUGCUAGUGGGGUUUGGGCGGUGGGUGACUGUACUGAGACCUGUUACGCGCCAACAGCCCAGGUUGCUAGCCAGCAGGGUGCCUAUUUGGGUAAACUACUCAACACCCUGGCAACAGCAGAGAAACAAUCGCUCGACAAUAUUGCCGGUGAAGUCCACCAGCCGCUCCUUGGAUCAAAGGCAACCAAGGCGUUUGAUUAUAUCCACCGAGGAAGCCUGGCUUAUAUUGGCAACGAACGAGCCAUUGCGGAUCUACCGAUCCUGGGUAUGAAUAUCGCAAGUGGUGGACAAUGGACUUUCCUCUUUUGGCGUGUGGCCUACCUUAAGAUGUGUCUCAGUGUUCGCAACCAAUAUUUCAUCAUCGGUGAUUGGCUUAGAGCUCAACUUUUUGGCCGGGAUGUGUCCAGGGAAUAA